UCAGUCGAUCAGUGCCAAAACUGAAGCCUACAAUUUUCAAUGGCAAUCCCAACUAUUGGUUGCACUGGUAUGGUGUAUUCGUAUCAUCGAUUCAUAAUUCUAAUAUGUCUCCAACUGAAAAGAUGAUCCAUCUUCAAUCAUUGGUAACUGGCCCAGCUAAACUAAUGAUAGCUGGUUAUGGUGCAAACGGCGACACAUACGAACUAGCACUACAACGUCUUCGUGAAAACUUUGGCAAUACCAAUAGAAUUGUCAACUCUUUUUUGCAACGUCUUGCAAAUUUCAAACCUCCAAAUCUGGCUCAACCAGAAUCAUACAUGCAGUUUUCUGCUUUUCUCCUAACUUUAGUGGACACUUUUGAGCAACUUGGUUUUGUUCACGAUAUUUGUUCUACAACAAACUUGAACACUGCUCUGGCAAAGCUUCCCGACCCUGUGAGAUUAGAAUGGAAUCGCUUCGUCAUCGACAAAGACUACGAUCAACCCUCCUUGAGACAUCUAGCACAAUGGUUUCAACGGUACGCACAGGCGUGUCGCGACAUGCCUCCGACAGGUUUCCGAAACCAAAACAAUAACAAUUUUAACAAUUCUUCUGGAAACGCUAAACACCCUAGUGGUUCCCGUUUCAAUGGUUUUACUACAAAUGGUGUAGGAAAUCAAAAUCAGCGCUUUAACCAUCAGGGAGAUCAACAAAACUCUCGUGCUCAGAAUAAUGUAAACUCGAAUGCUUGUCCUAGUGGAGACACCUGUGGACCUCUCUACAAAUGCGAGCACUUCAAAGCUUUAGACCCUAAGCAACGAAAAGAGCAUGCCCGAAAAAUGCACUUAUGCUUUAACUGUCUAGGGAAUCAUAGGUUUACUGACUGCAAUUCGAAAUCGCUCUGUCGAACCGAUAAUUGUGGUAAAAAACACCACACUCUACUCCACGAUCCUUCUGAUACUUAUGGAAAAAACCCUAGUAAAGCUGCAGUGAAUCGCGCAAUAGCUUGUCAGAGAUCAGAUAGUGGUAGCUGCGUAACUCUACUACUGGACUCAGUGGCAACUCAACUAGGCUUGGACGUCAACAAGAAGCACUCACUUCCCAUAUCUGGAUAUCAUGAGACCAAGUCAGUUCAAGUUACAUCUGUGGAUGUACAAAUUAGACCAUACAAAAGCCCAUCGACUCCAAUGACGCUCGAUGACGUACUCACGGUAGAUGAAAAUAAUUUGGCCCCAGUUGAUAUUUUUCAACUAAACGCAAUGUGCAACAAUUUUCCACAUUUAAAGCAUGUUAAAUACCCGGACUUAAAUGACAAUAGCAUAUCGCUAGUCAUCGGAAACAACAAUCCAGAAUAUCAUGAGAUCAAAAAUACCGUUUAUGGCCCCAAGAAUGUUCCCUGGGCUAUCGAAACCCUUUUGGGAUGGACAUGCACAGACUCACCAUGCGUGGCUUGCUACGCAGUACGACGAUGUGCAUCAGACAGUAAAAACGACUUUCCUCUGGCUUCUGAAAUCAUUCAACAGAAUAUCUACAUGGAUGAUUUGUAUGUCACUUCGUCAACGGUAGAAGAAGCCCUCCAACAAAUGACACAACUACGAGGAUCUUUAUCUCGAGGUGGGUUCAACUUGAAUAAGUGGAACUCAAACAGUAAACCAUUCCUGGAUUCAAUUGAUCCAAAUAUUUUAGUCAGCCCUAAUGAUCCAACGCCUAAACAUCAACGAGUUCUCGGUGUUCACUGGAAUACCAACACAAUCGGAUGA